UCUACCUGACAAACAAAACCCAGGGAAGAUCUACAAUGUUCAGUUUGUCAAGAAAUGUCUUUUUUCUGAUUGGCUGUGAAAUCUCGCCCCCCGUACGCUAUUGGUUCAGGUUUUUGCCUUUCGUUAAUCUCACGCUGUCAUUCCUGAGCACGCACAGCAAAGAUGGCGGCCUUCAAUGUCGCUCGUAGUAGUUGCGGACUAAUGAAUGGUUUAAGGGUCUCUUUCAGGAGUUUAACGCAAGUGAAAUAUGGCGCGGCAUCAGCUGCGAUGCCACAGAUUAAUCUCCAACGGGACUGUCGCUGGUACUCUGUCAGCCACCUGUCCGUUAGGGAGAGGAUUGAAAAGAAACGACAGGCUGCGCUCGUCGGGGGAGGUCAGAAGAGAAUAGAUGCACAACAUAAAAGGGGUAAGCUGACAGCCAGGGAGCGAAUGGAGCUCCUUCUGGACCCAGAGUCUUUUGUAGAGACAGACAUGUUUGUAGAACAUCGCUGCUCUGACUUUGGCAUGGAACAGGACAGUAACAAGUUCCCUGGUGACAGCGUUGUGACAGGCAGAGGGAGGAUCAAUGGCAGGCUGGUUUACGUGUUCAGCCAGGACUUCACAGUUUUUGGUGGCAGUUUGUCUGGAGCUCAUGCACAGAAGAUCUGUAAGAUCAUGGACCAGGCCAUGACAGUUGGAGCCCCCGUCAUCGGGCUGAAUGACUCCGGAGGAGCUCGGAUCCAGGAGGGAGUAGAGUCUCUGGCUGGAUAUGCAGAUAUAUUCCUGAGGAAUGUGUUGGCUUCAGGAGUUGUCCCUCAGAUCUCCCUCAUCAUGGGUCCCUGUGCAGGAGGAGCUGUCUAUUCCCCUGCCCUGACAGAUUUCACCUUCAUGGUUAAGGACACAUCAUACCUGUUCAUCACAGGACCAGAUGUUGUGAAGUCAGUCACCAAUGAAGAUGUGACUCAAGAGGAGCUCGGUGGAGCUAAAACUCAUACCACAGUAUCUGGUGUGGCUCACCGUGCUUUUGAGAAUGACGUUGAGGCUUUGCUCAACCUGCGAGAGUUCUUUAACUUUCUGCCGCUCAGUAAUCAGGACCCUGCCCCCAUCAGGGAGUGCCAUGACCCCAGCGAUCGCCUGGUAAAGUCAUUGGACACCAUUGUCCCGUUUGAGUCAACGAAAGCCUACGACAUGUUGGACAUCAUUCACACAAUAGUGGAUGAGAGGGACUUCUUUGAGAUCAUGCCUGCUUACGCCAAAAACAUAGUGGUGGGGUUUGCCAGAAUGAAUGGGCGCACUGUGGGCAUUGUGGGUAAUCAGCCCAAAGUGGCUUCCGGGUGUUUGGACAUCAACUCCUCAGUGAAGGGAGCCCGCUUUGUUCGCUUCUGUGAUGCCUUCAACAUUCCUAUCAUCACUUUUGUGGAUGUUCCGGGUUUCCUGCCAGGUACGGCUCAGGAGUAUGGCGGUAUCAUCAGACAUGGAGCCAAGCUGCUGUAUGCCUAUGCAGAAGCUACUGUACCAAAAAUUACCAUCAUCACUAGAAAGGCUUAUGGAGGAGCCUAUGAUGUAAUGAGCUCCAAACACUUGAGGGGAGAUGUGAACUACGCCUGGCCAACAGCUGAGGUUGCUGUCAUGGGUGCAAAGGGUGCUGUUCAGAUUAUCUUUAGAGGGAAGGACAACCAGGCAGAAGCAGAGGCUGAAUAUGUAGAAAAGUUUGCCAACCCCUUCCCAGCUGCCGUCAGAGGUUUUGUUGAUGACAUCAUUGAGCCAGCAACCACUCGGAAGAGGAUCUGCAAUGAUCUGGAGGUGCUUGCCAGUAAGAAGCAGGUCAACCCCUGGAAAAAGCACGCCAACAUUCCUCUGUAAAUCCCAACUAAACUGGCUGUACCUUAGCAUUAUGUAAAGAAACCUGCAGUGGGAUUAUUUUACUUUAAAAUGAACUGCAACGGUUUAUUGUAAUGACGACUUUGGAAGCCUGUAAAGCACAUGUAGUUAGUGGUCAUAUUUGUCUCUCCUCACUGUUUACCACUCCACUGAAAGCAUCCAAAGAAAGAAUUGUUCAAGGCACCUCACUGCUCAUGUUUAUAACUAAACCCAGAGAAGUGUUUUGGAUUUGGAAGAAUUAUUGGUGCCCUGUAGCCACAGUCAAAUCAUGUAUUUUUACAACUUAUUGAUAUGCAAAAUGUUGAUGGCAAAACCUAAAACUUUUAAAGUGACCCAAACUAAAAGAUUCUUCAGAUACACAAGAUUAUCCUUUCAGCAGUGGCCAUAUUGGUUAUUGUUGUUGAUCUUUUGGUUAUUUUCUUUGUAUCUGAAAGAGCAAACUACAUGUUAGAAAGGAAAACUACUGUUGUGUCUUGUCCUGAUUGUGUUUAGGGUGUUCAUGUACUGUAUUUAGGCUUUUUUUUUCUGUGCUCUCAAAUGCACUUGGUAUAUUUACCCUCCAUCAUUCAACUUGGAAUUGUGCCUUUCUGUGGCAGCCUCUGUUCUGCCAUCUGUAAAUAAAUCAUCUACUCAAUACCAUGCACUACUUUUACACGUAUAAUAGUUGAUCUUAAGUCUACACACAGUUGUAAAAGGACUUGACAAGUAUGUGUGUUAUCCCCAGAUAAUUGGCUUUAAUAAAAUAAGGCUUGGAGUAAGAA